GAGUGAGAAAAGGGGGAGAUGUCGUAGAAGGAGAUGAAGUGGAAGCAGAAAGAAAACUUCAACGAAAACCGGAAACGGAAUUGCUAGAUUAAUCUAGCAAACAAACGGCUCCUUUUCAGAGCCAUUAAGCAGACUCGACAGUUCCGGAGCUGUCGAGUAAUUUCCUCCUAAACGCCCUCUACGGUAGCUGUCUUUCGGAACAUGUUUGGUGUUUUGACGUCACAUUUGGUAGCGUCUUUCCUAUCGCUAGCUGAAACUGACCAAUGAGACUGUUUGUUCCAACGAACGUCACUCAUCGUUCAGAAGAUGCAUCUACGUAACAGCUACCGAUUUGCUCAGUUAUAACUGUUGAGUCAGCUGAUGCAGUCUGUGAUCUUGAGAAGAAGAGUCUACGAUCAAAGGACUUUUGGACCAUGGCCACACUGUUCCACGUGUUGUAGCUUAGGAAGAUUGGUCGUAUAUAAUUUUUAAGAUAAGAAAAAAAUAUGAAAAUUACAGUUCUUGAAGCUUAAGGGAUUAGGAAGAUUUUUACAGCCUACUUUGAUCUACUUUGGCAUUAUAUGAAAAGAUCUUGGAUUGUGUCAUUUUUUGAUGGAAACAAUCAUUUUCAUUCAAGACAGCAAAAUUUUUGUCAGAUAAUUGGAACUAUUGUAACAAAUUUUUAUAGUACAUUUAUAGCUAACAGACCUGUUAACAAAUUGAGAAGUAUAUUUAAAUAUACAAUAGUAAUUAAUGCAUUACAUCUGGAUCAAAAUGUACCUGUGACAAGUAACAGAAAGAGAACGCUUACUAUAAAAUCAGUUGCUAGAAAUAAUAUAUCUGCAUUUAUAAAAAACUGUAAUAUUUUGAAAACUUUUUAUAAAGAUACUUCUGUAUUUUUCCAAGUUAAUACUUGCAAUAUGUCAAACAGUUCUGAAGGUGCUGGAAAGUAUAAAUGGAUUGUUUAUGAAAAUGAUUAUCUCAUUGCCUAUCUACAUUCUUUUCCAUAUACAACUGGGGUCACUGUAGUAGAAAUAAAGAAUAAACCUGACUUUCAUAUUUUUGCACUUCCAAUACAAGAAUUUGUUAAAAUAAUGUUGGAUAUUCAACAUGUAUCUAAUCUUCUUUGUGAUCGACUCGAUGUACAACGGUGUGCAUUGAUUGCGGAACCACAGGAUGGUCAGCCAACAAAAAUUCUUCUAAUUCCGCUUCACGGUCUCUCCGAUGCCUGGAAACCAUGCAUCUGUUCAGAACCUGAGUUUAAUUCUUGCUAUCCAGGUUACUGUACUUCUAAAAAUGGACCUAGAGCUUCUGAUGACGAACUGAACAAAAUUCAAAAUAAAAUAAGAAAUAAAUUUGACUCACAAGAAUUAAAUUUUAAAUUUUAUGGAGAUGCAAACGACGACAAUCUUUUUGCAAAAAUUGUAAGAGGUGACGAGAAAGCCCAGUGGAGAGUAUGGGAAGAUGAAGAUCACGUUGCUUUCCUAACUCCAUUUCCAAAUACACCUGGUUUCACAGUUUUAGUUCCAAGAAAACAUUUGGACAGUAAUAUUUUUGCAUUAGAUAAACCGGAUUUUGAAAAGUUAAUGGUAGCAACUCACAAAGUUUCUAAUUUAUUGAUGAAGGCUCUGGAAAUUAAGUCAUGUGCUAUGAUAUUUGAAGGAUACGAAAUAGAUUAUGCUCAUGUGAAAUUGAUUCCAAUUCUACAUGACGUAACAAUGAUAAAGAAACCAAAAGAAGUUGAAUUUAAUAUUAAUUAUGUUGGCUUUGUUACAAGUCUGAAUGGUCCAAAAGCAAAUUAUGAUGAUUUGAAUUCAAUUCAUCAUAAAAUUACAACUUCAGAUAAUGUAAAUUCUUAAAAAUUUUGAAAAUUUACAAACAUUUAUAAAAAAUAUAAUUUUAUAAGUGUUAUUAAAGCAAUUUUCAUCGAGGAGAGUGUUUUUUAUUUUUUUCUUCCUUAAAGUGGAAACUAAGGGUGUGUUUGGAAAUUGUUAUUGGUAACU